AUGAGCAGUGUCUUGUUUAACGCCUCCGUUGCCGUCUACGAUGCCGCGAAAAAUGAGGUGACGAAUACUAUAUCUUUCCCGGGACUCAGCGGCGAUCCUACUUUGCAUUCUACAGGAGUACGAGUCGAUCCGCUUGGUCACCUGUUUGUUGUGAUCAACGCGGGUGCCGCAUUCGACACGCUUGGGAAAGACUUGUCGGGCAAUAACUUUCUUGUCAAGUACGAUUUGAAGACGAACCAGACAAUCUUCACAGCCAACUUGACGGCCGUCUCCAAUGGUGCGUACGGGGGGUUCCAAGACGUCCAGCACACCAAAAAAGGUGACUCUUUUGUGCUGGGGACCUAUGGAAGAAGUAGCAUCCUUCGAGUGAGCGCCGAUGGCUCCAAGGUCAUCCCGUGGUUUGUAGGACCGCCCCUCGGUUCCAGCGACGGUUUCUCUGGUCUCGCGCUGCGAGGCCACAACCUCAUUGUCGCAAACCAGGCUGAUGGACAGCUGUACCGCUUCGACACCCGACGCGAAGAGGGCGUCCCUGUGCGGAUUCCCCUCGGCUCCGGCAACGAGACCAUCGGCCAGGACCUCGACGCCGUCUACAUGCCGCCGCGAUACGACGGCAGGAUCCUUCUCGUCUCCCGGUACAAUCUAGGCACCGUCGUUCUCCGUUCGCGGGACGCGAGCUGGAGAGUUGCCGAGAAGCUGGGGACUAUUCCGAACCCCUAUCGCGAACAGGGUGCGCUCUCGGUGGCUACGGUUGAGAUGGGGGCCAGGCUGUACUCGGUCAACUUGUUCUCGAGCGAUGCCAAGGUUCAGGGCAGCAACGCGGGAAACAGGACAGACAGUCCGUUGCAGGAUAUUUCGGACGAGGUUGAGAAGUAUUCUACGCUAUAA